AUGUUGUUCUAUUUGCAAAGUACAGACCCAAACGAAUACGGGACAGUAAAACUACAAACAAACUUAGGUCUACAGAAUGAGCCACUUGCAUUCAGAAUGGUUGACUUUAAUACUAUUGCUUCAUUCGUUAUAACUGACGAAACAGAUUUCAUGGAGCUUGAAAUAGAUGGAAAGAAGCACGAAAUAAGAUUUCACAAUAAUGUAGAAUAUAAGAUGGAAACAUUAGCUGGAGUGUUAAAUGCUCUCAUAAAUACUACAAUAAACAAGGAUAACGGAGAAAACUUAAUGAAUGUUAAACUUAUUGCAGGAGUUUUGAAGUUCAGUUAUGCGAAAGAGUUUAAGAUACCAAGAAUGAGUCAUAGAGUACAACUUCUUUUGGGAGCAUACCAUAUGACAUUUCCUUUGAAAAGUGUUGACAAAACGAUUGAGAUGAAAUCUGUUCCAUACGUAUGUUAUGGCAAUUGUUUGUACAUUGAGUCAAAAAUAGCUAA